AUGGAAAAGUGCGGAGAGAUUAAGCCCAGUAGAGGUGUGACGGAGUCUUCUUCUCUAUCAUCUCCGUUAUCUUUUCCGGCGGUUGUGAGCCCAUGCGCCGCCUGCAAGAUCCUCCGCCGGCGGUGUGUCGAUAACUGUGUGCUCGCGCCUUAUUUCCCGCCGACCGACCCACUCAAGUUCACCAUUGCCCAUCGGGUCUUUGGGGCUAGCAACAUUAUCAAGCUGCUCCAGGAGCUUCCCGAGUGUCAAAGGGCAGAUGCCGUGAGCAGCAUGGUUUACGAAGCCAACGCGAGACUACGCGACCCGGUUUACGGCUGCGCCGGCGCCAUUUGCCUACUUCAGAAACAAAUCAACGAGCUCCAAGCCGAGCUGGCUAAGGCGCAUGCCGAAAUCCUGAAUUUCCAAUGCCAAAAUGCAACAUUGAUCGAGUUGAUAUUCUCUAAUAAGAAUCAUCCUGCGGUAACCGAAAAUCGUCAAAUCCAGGAACUAUCGCCACAAGAACCGGCCGUUUUCGCUCCAUACAUAGAAAACUCGGCUCUUUUCUUGGACGAGAGCCUUUUGGGAGUCGCGUGGGAGCCGCUUUGGACAUAG